UCGGUCACUGGGAGAGACAAAAAUGGUUAACAGAAAGGGAGAGAGAGAGUAUUUUUUUUCGACGGCCCACAAAUAGAUGCAAUCAUCGAAAGCAUGCGAGCGAGAGAGAGAGAGAGAGAGAGAGAGAGAGAGAGAGAGAGAGAGAGAGAGGAGACAGCGUUAAAGUAAGGGUAGAGGAAGAGGGAGCACAAUUCAUUCGAUCCAUCUCUUUCUCUUCGUUUCUUGCUUUCGACUGUUCUCCCUUUUUGCUUUUUCUACCUUUUGUAAUUUUAAAGGGGCAUCAAAGGUUUGAAUGGUUCUUCGUGUGGGGCUAAAUUUUGGUUCUUUCGUGGUUCCCUUGAUGCUUGGCACCACAGUCACCUCUCCAUGAUUGUAUGCAGUUAUGGGCUUAGAUAUUCGAGGAUCACAGAGAUGAGAUUUCUAGGGUUUACCUCUUCUGUUUUUCAAUAACCCAGUGCCUGGUAUGGUAUCCUAACACAGUUUUAUACGGUCUCCUCGAAUAAAGUUGGCUCAUUUUUUUUCCCAUCCCUUACCUGUUAUGACCAUAGCCAUGGUGGGUAUUUGUCCCUGUGAUUGAUUUUGAAGAAAGCUAAUUACUUUGAAGAAAAGUUUGUGGUUUGGACAGCUUGGUCUUUCUGGAAUCCGCUUUUACGCACUUUUAAGGGUUCUGCUAUCUUCUCGCUCCCCGAUAGAUAAGAUUUGCCCGUUUGCGAGUGAAAUCAUGUUUUAGUGUUUAGAUUGUAAUCGUUUGUUCAGUCUUUUGUUGUCUUCUUUCUGUUAAUGGUGGGAGUUGCUGCUGUGUUAAAAUGGCUGAGAUUAGGGUUGCAAAAGCAGAACAGGGGCAGACAAAGAUUAAGAAUGUUCCAAUAGCGGUAACACCAGAAGGUUUCUGGUGUUGCCCCUCUCCCGUAGCUUUUCAAAAGACCCUCAAAUCGCAAAACCCACAGAACAGAUCAAAGCCAUCAUCGCCUCCUCCACCUCCAAAACCCCAUCUCCCAAAGCAUAGAAAACCGUCCUCUGCCUCGGUAAGAACGGUCAUUGCCUCUGAUGACCACCGACAGCAUUCGGGUUCAGACACGGCCACCACCAUUGCUGCUCCAGCGGCUCAAGACAGGCCGCAUAGGCAAAAGGUGGAGACUUUGCCGAGAAAAGUGGCAAUCGAGUUUGGUGAACCUGGAACCAGCGACAUGAAGGUGGUUUUGCUGGGAAAGCAAGGUUUUUGCGUGAAGCUGAGUGUUCAUAAGAAAGUUUUAGUGGAUAAUAGUAGUUUCUUCGUGAAUAAGCUCGCUGAUAAAGACUCGGGCUUCUCGUGCAUUGAGAUCGAUAGCUGCGAGGAUGUAGAGAUAUAUGUCGAGACUGUAGGACUGAUGUAUUGUAAAGAUAUGAAGAAUCGGCUGAUGAAGCAGAGUGUAAGCAGAGUUCUCCGCUUUCUCAAGGUUGCAGAACUUCUAGGUUUCAACUCAUGCAUUCAAUCAUGUCUGGAUUACCUGGAAGCGGUUCCAUGGGUAGGGGAAGAGGAAGAGGAGAGAGUGAUCUCGUCGAUUCUCGAACUCAAACACGAGGGCAUCGGAGUCAGAGUCCCGCCUGUUCUCAAACGAGUCACUUCCGAUACAGUGGACCCUCCGAAAGAGACGUUAUCGCAAAUCAUCGAGCUCGUUCUCAGGAGCAAUGAGGAGAAAGGCCGACAUGAGAUGAAGGCCGUCGUCCUGAAGCUCCUCAGGGAACAGAACAGCGCCAACUCGGCUGACAACUUCAACGAGACGAUCUAUUCCUCCUGCCAGAACUGCUUAGACACAGUCUUGUCUUUGUUCAGACAAGCUGCAGAGGUGGAACCCCGUACUGAGUCUGCCUCGAAACAGAUAGCUAUAGAAUCAGAUAACCUUUCAUGGCUGCUUGACAUGUUAGCGGAAAGACGAGCAGCGGAGGAAUUCGCAGUUAGAUGGGCAAGCCAGAAAGAACUCGCUUCGUUACACGAAAAUCUUCCCCUGAUGACGCGUUUCCACAUCAGCCGGGUGAGUUCGAGGCUGUUCAUAGGGAUUGGCAGAGGAGAGGUCUUGCCGUCGAAGGAGACUCGGCUCGAACUGCUGAGACGGUGGCUGCAGCCACUGAUCAACGACUACAACUGGCUCCAACAUGGGUGCAGAUCCUUUGACGGUAAGCUCGUGGAGGAAGGGAUCGGCCGUACGAUUCUGACACUGCCCUUGGAAGAUCAGCAGAGCAUCCUGCUUUCUUGGAUGGCGAGUUUUCUUACAACCGGCGAUGGAUGUCCGAAUCUUCAGAGAGCCUUUGAGGUCUGGUGGCGGCGCUCUUUCAUCAGACCGUACGCUACUGUCACAGAUCCUUAGGGCAUCGGUUUCAUUCAGAGACAGGGCAUCUGAAGAAGAGAAGAGUGUGUUUCUUUUGUACAGUUUCAGGAGGGACUUUCUGGUGAUGGAUGGUUGCGUGGUUUACAAGGUACCUCAGUGAACCGAUUUCAUAUAUUGGAAUUUAUAUAUCUUCUAAUGCAGAUUUUACACCAAUUUUUAGUGCUUCGGUUUAUAUUCAGUUCUCUCA